AUGCCGAUCCGUCCCCUUGACGAAUGGGCCGUUGGCCGCACCCAGUCCCUACCCCUCUCCUCCCUGAAAGACGCUGUCAUCGGUAUCGAUGCCGCCCACUACAUCAAUCAACACCUCUUGAACCAGUCAACCCGCGAGGCGCUUCUCGGCGCACUGGGCGGAUUCCCUUUCGCUCUACGUGCAAACAUCGAAAAGGAAAUCCAUGCCUUCCAGAGCCUGGGCGUGGGCUGCAUCUUCGUAUUCAAUGGCCUAGACUUUGGCAAAAAAGAACAGCGCGCGCAACCCCAAGCGUCACGUUCCUUCGAACAAGCUUGGGAUCUCUAUGACCAGCAGCAGGCAGACCAAGUCGUUGAUGCCUUCAGCAGUGCCGGUAUGAGCCCUCUCUCUUCCCCGCCUUCUGAUCACCUGGUGACCGGGCUGGCGAGCCUCCACCAACUCCAUCGCAACCUGACGAGCCCCCCAACAUCCGCUGACACAAGCAAUGCCCCAGGAACCCCACCCCCGGAGACCCUUUUUAGAUUCUUCCAGCGGAUCCUGGCCCAGAACGAUAUUGAAUUCAUCGUAGCGCCCUACAGCGCUGCGGCCCAGCUUUACUACCUUGCCAGCGGCAACAACCCUGUCAUCGAUGCCAUUUAUGCCCCAUCUGAAGCUCUCUUGUUCGAUAUUGACAAGCUGAUCACCCGCAUUGACACCGAGCCCGCACAAUUCUUCUGGAUCACAAAACAAACCUGCAAGGAGGAGCUUGGCCGACUGUCAAAUGAACAAUUUCUAGAAUUCUGUUUACUUUUGGGGUCCCCAUUCCUCCGAUCUUUCCCCCUCUUCGAGAACCCUGCCUUCCCGGGCAAGAGCCCAAGCAUUCGCGAUGCACUUCCAAUGUUCAACGCGGCCGGCCGGAGCGCAUUGACAUUGUGCGCUCAGUAUGACGACGAUCGCCGAAUCCAGGACACCCAGUACACAGACUUGUACAAACGCGCUUACAUGGUUGUGAAACACCAUGUUUACUUGGAUGAGGACGGUCGCGUGGGGCCCUUGGACCCAGAGAAUGCCUCGUCAGACAUACAUGAGCUUAUCGGACAGCGGCUUCCUGAGGAGCUCUACUUCUAUCUGUCCAAAGGAAUCAUCGGCGCUGAUGUACCAAACUAUUUGACAUCUGGCGAAGUCCGUAUUACGCUACCUCUGGGCACCGAAGACACCGAAAUCUAUCGCCAGCUUGUGGGUGAUAUCUUGACACCUAUACGCACCCAAGCUAUGUGUCUUUUAGCAAACUCGCUUCAUCGAUUCUACCAAACCAAGGUUAUCCAAAUCCGGCCAUGGUAUGAUGAGAACUCGGAAAGAUCAAUCAACCUCAAGGGCAUCCCUUCAGUCAAGGAAACCAUUCAAUCCUGGAAAAUCUCGGAAGCCAACUUCCCUGAAAGUGUCAAGAAUCUCCGAGUUCACCCUGGCUCUUUCUGUUUUGCUUUACUGAGUUUGAAUGAUCCUGAAUUUGCUUCAAAGUCGUUUGCCAGCCGGGAGACACCAGCCCUGACCUCGCAAAAUGACAUUCUAUCAAAUGUCAUGUGGCGGUUCCUGCAGCUUCGCGGAUACGUCGAUAACAAGCACAACCUUACUGUAUGGGGACAGUGUCUGUCCCAUGCCAUAAGGUCUGUUAACCCUGCGCACAAACUCGAAGAGGCCAUAUUUAUCGCUAUUGAAAUGCUACGCUUGGGUCUUCUGAACACCAAGCCCUGGUUCUCACAUGUAUCCGGGGGUCCGAUGAGAGGGUCGGAGGAGGACAAGACCUUCAAUAUGCUAAUUUCGCGUCUUGCAUGCAUCGCUAAAUUGCAGCAUAAGAGCAUUGGAUACUCUGGUCCGCUGAGUCGCCAACUCCUUUGCUAUCGUUCAUUGAUCUCCGAGGUUCGCUCUACAUUGAGGAACUUAGUUGAGGUUGUGUUGGCGAGCAUGCUCCUAAGUGGCGAUGCUGACCGCGAUCGUGACGAUUGGACGGAAUUGGCAAUCAAGCUUCCAUUUAUUGAUGAUAAUGAUUGCGGAAUGGGUAUUGCGGUUCGCACCUAUCUUGAUGACCUGCCUCUUCAGGCAAAUUCUACCUCACCCGAGGCGCGUGCAGACGCCAAGGCAAAGGGCAAGGAUUGGUUCCAGCACAGCGAGAGCUUCACUGGAAACUUGGAUUUGGCCUUUAAGCUAUGGGAUGCGGUCAAUAGAGGCACGCAGCAGGCGGGCGAGGAGUUCAAAGACGCAAAGCUUUGGAGUGACGCUAACCAAUGGUUGAAUGCGAGACGAUGA